AUGACUCAAUAUAUGCAUGGUGAGCUGGAUCUACCUCUCAGUCGUACCAUGCUUUCUGCUAUAGCCUGCGACUGUUUCAAAAACAAUUACACAGAUUUGGUUCAAACUGAUAUCCUCCCAUUUUGUCUGUUAUACACUUGGGAGUUCUUGUUUGUUCACACGGAAGACAUGGAACGUAUUGUAUUGAAAAAGUACUGUCAUCCUGUUGCCCAACACCGACUUACUAGUAUGGAUUUGACCCUUUUACUCCAACCCGACACUCAGAUAUUCCCAGAAGGCUACAUCGCGCAUCUCUGUCAUCAGCAGAUGGGUAAAACAAUGAUUGUUCCUGAACUAAAGCCAGUAUUGCAUGAUCUUCUUCAAAGAUUAUGGAAGCUUUACGGCACAUCAGAAUACAAGCGUAUUGCACCAAGUGAGGUUGGGGAGUCGAGUGAUUUUGUGGAUUACGCUCAGUUUCAAAUUGUAGAGCUUGCUGCUUAUUUGGGUGAUAUGGAUAUCCUCUGCGCACAUUUCAACUAUACUCCAUUGGAUUGGCGGAUUCAUUUGUAUGAUGCGGCAGGAUUGUUGGGGCAGAUCAAGGUGUUGGAGUUUUUGGCUACCAAAAUGAACCAGCUUGAAAUGGAAGUAUCGUUUGGUGGAGCACUCCUUGGCGGAUACUUGGAUGAUCUCAAGCAUAUGGCUUUGGUUAAAAAUCUCGAGCAAAAUCAACGGUCUAUAUUUGAGUUUGUGAAUGUAAACCAAGUAGCAUGUGCGUUGGUGUUGAACAAAACGGAUGCAAUCUGGGCUUGCCUUUAUGACGGAUACGUUCCCAAGAUAAGUCCAAACGAAUCUAAAUUCACUCGAGGAAAAUGGUGGAAUUUGGCAGCUUUCAAGGAUAUUGCCAACAUGUCUGCUAAAGCUUACAACUUGGAUCUGUUAAAGUUUUGUACACACCACAACAUUGGGGAUAAACUCGACAAAAAUGCAUUUGCUGAUACGUCUGCUCGUAAACAAGCCCAUAUUGCCAACUGGCUAUUUAAGGAAAUGGCGGAUGGGAUGCUAGGCACGCAAAAACAGAUUCAAGAACUAUGCUACAGCUAUCAAAAAAGCAUUGCAAUGGAGCUUCAACAUGAAGCAUGUCAACUUGGAAAUCUUGAAUCAUUCUUUAAACUCAAGCAGCAAGUUUGUGCAUUCAAUUCGAACGGUAUUCUGAAUCCUUGGAGCGCAUUUAUUCUUGACACUGCAAUGGCUCUUGGUCAUAUUCAAAUUAUUGAUGCGAUUCUUGAUGAUUGUAACGCAUCAGCCAAUGAUAUGUCACGGAUGGUUUGCACGGCACUACGAUGUGGUCAUGUUUUUCUUGCUGACUACUUUAUAAAACGAACUGGAGCUAAACUAAACAAGAACAUGAUUGUGGCGAUUGCAGAAGGAUGUUGCUUGGAAUCUGUCAAGUUUUUAGCCGCUGCCACUGGGCCGAUUGUAUCCCCCAAAGCAUUGGAGAUUGCAUGCAGACAAGAAAGCAUUACGCUUGUCGAGUACUUUGUCUUGGAAUGUAAGAUUCGUGUUACUGAUGCGGCCUGUUUUUUAGCAGUCAAGCAUGACUGUUUAUACGUUGUACAGUUUCUGUUUAAUCAUGAUCGGAUAGGCGAGUUUAACUGGAAAAGUUUAUGGGCCGAGGCAGAUUCAAUGAAACAUGUUCGUAUUGCACAAUGGCUCAAGAGAGUGUUUGAUCAACGUGAAUAA